AUGCCGAGCACGGGGACCUGGGUCAAGAUGAUCACGUUGGGCGCCGCGGUGAGCAUCGGGGGCCCUCUAUUCGUGCAGUCCAUCAGACCGUCCGACGAAGAGCUGUUCAGCAGAUACAACCCCGAACUGCAGAAAUCAGCGCUUGAGAACCGCGACCGCCGAGAAAAGGAAUACGACGAGUACGUGAACAAACUCAAGGAAUGGUCCAAGUCGGACAAGUCGAUUUGGUUCGCCGUCAAAGAAGAAGAGGAGCGCCGCAAAGCCCAAACAGCCGAAGUCAUCGAUCAAGCCAAAGAGGACGAGCGAAAACAGCGCGAGGAGAUGCGGAGAGAGCUCCAGGGCGAGAAGUAA